AUGUCAUCCAAUUCAUCUGUACCUGGUUCGGGCGGUGCUACACUUCAUGAGGACCCGAAGACAAUAAUUGGGCCACUUUACAUCGGUAACGCUAUCAACUGGCUCCUUUUGGGCACUCUAGCGGUCCAGCUAUAUAUAUACGUGAAUAGCCAGCAGCGGCGCAAGGACCCUCUUUGGGUCCAGCUGCUUGUAUCAGGUGUAUUCCUUGUGGACCUCUUCCAGUGUAUAAUGGUCAUGGCCGAGGUCUGGUUCUUCAGCAUCGCGAGUUGGGGCGACCCAAAAGUUUUGGGAGCGAAGAUCCCGUGGACCGGCGCUUUGACUCCUGUCCUCGACGGUGUGGUGUCCUGCAUGGUCCAGGUGUUCUACGCUUGGCGUAUCUGGACUCUGGCUCGACGCGUAUGGAUCCGCGCCGCCGCGGCGUUUAUAGCCGUCAUAGCACUCAUGCAAUGUUCAUCUUCGAUUGCCGCGAGUACCACCGUCCUCAUUGCCAACGGCAGUACAUCGUCACUAGAACGCAUCAUAGUCAGCGUUGACAUCUGGCUGGCCGGUAGUUUUGCUAACGAUAUCAUCAUUGCUACUUGCAUGAUAUGGCUGCUGUAUCAGGCGCGUUCUCGCACUGUGUGGGUACAGUCGCAGAGUCUAUAUGAUCGUCUUAUCAUCAAUACGCUUCAGACGGGCAUGAUUACGGCUGUCGUGGCAGGAGUGGAUUUGUUCCUUUGGGUUCAUUACAGGCAAGAUAACUAUCACCAAACUCCAGCAAUCAUUCUCGGCAAGCUCUACAGUAACGCCUUUCUUUCGACGGUGAAUGGUCGCGUUUUCCGCAAGAAACAGCUUUCUUCUCAAGAUACAUCCACCGGAGGAGAUGGCUCCACUCCUGGAGUACAGAUCCACGUAUCGCAAGACCGCGAGCGUCGCGUUGAAGUUGGCACGCCCGCCCGCUUAUCUUUGCAGGACCGUCGUCCCAACGCUGACAACAGGGCAAUGGAUUGGAAGUCUACUGCGUCCGUUCACAGAACAGGUGAUGAACGUGUCUACGAACUAUCAACGUUCCCGAGCACGGACGAUCUCGAGGCGCACGUCGAUUCUAAGUUUGAUAGACCGGUCGCCGUGUGA